GUUCUAUACAUCCUGAUUAGGUUGAUUAUCUUUCAUUCAAGCUUUUCUUGGAAACAUUGGGUUGGACUCGUAGUGACAUCUUUAGCAUAUUGGAUUUCGUAUCAACAACUUGCUAAUAUGGCGAAGCCUACAUAUUCAGAUGAUGGAGAACUGCUCGACGGUGGGUUUGAUAUGAGCACCGGUGGAAUUUGUAGCUAUUUGCAUGACGUGAUUUACAUAACCAGCUUCGUACAGUCAACAUCCAUUAUAUCUGACAAAUUUUGGCUCGUAUAUUUAGUGAUACCAAUAUUUGCCGCAUACAAAUCCUUCGGCAUAAUAAAAGGAUUCCUAUCAUUUGGCUCCAAGGGUGGUGCUGAGGAUGAGAAAGCUCGGAAGAAGAGGGAAAAGAUGGAGAAGAAGGCCGCCAGAGGGAAGAUUAUUAAGACCAGGAAUAGGUGACUGCUACUGUGAUGACAUGUAAGUUUUAAUUACUUCUUCUUACUGGAUAUAUUAAGCUUACCAUUUUUAUGAACUAUUGAAUUGGUCCUCAUUAUUACUAUUGUCUUCCCAUGGCCAAUAAUUUUUACUGUGUUGGAGUGGGUGAUAUCUAAGAAGUGAAUUUGCUUACCUUUGUGGGGGAUGUUGCAGUAGUGAAUGAAAUUUUAAAUGCUUUUAUUAUAAAUGUGGAAUUAGAAGUUAUUGCAUUGGCU